CACCCUCACCUCACCUCAAUUAAUUUUUUGACGCAAAACGCAAUGACGUUCGGGUGAGCGCGGUGGGGUGUUUUUGUCGUGAAUCGCGCACGAAUUUAUUUGUGUGUUACAAAUAAUUCCGACCUCACCGGCGCCGAAUCCGGUGCCCGUGGCCGUCGCGAUGGCGGACGAUGAUAAUACCUGUGAUGAUGGGCGGGAGUUGAAAGCCGGCCAGGCGUUCAAGCUCCGGGGCCGGAAGGGAGCGCUGAAGAAGAAGAAUGUUUACCUGGUGAAGGAUCACAAGUUCAUGCCGCGGUUCUUCAAGCAGCCCACGUUCUGCUCCCACUGCAAGGACUUCAUAUGGGGCUUCGGGAAACAAGGCUUCCAGUGCCAAGUGUGCAGCUUCGUGGUCCACAAGAGAUGCCACGAGUACGUAACAUUCACGUGUCCCGGCGCGGACAAGGGCGCCGACUCAGACGACACGCGCACGCGCCACAACUUCCGCGUGCACACGUACUCGUCGCCCACGUUCUGCGACCACUGCGGCUCGCUGCUGUACGGCCUCAUCCACCAGGGCCUCAAGUGUCAAGCAUGCGACAUGAACGUGCACAAGCGCUGCGAGGAGUCGGUGCCGAACCUGUGCGGCUGCGACCACACGGAGCGGCGCGGCCGCAUCCAGCUCGUGGUCACCACGCACGGCAACAAGCUCACCGUGGAAGUGAAGCAGGGCCGCAACCUGAUCCCGAUGGACCCGAACGGGCUGUCCGACCCCUACGUGAAGAUGAAGCUCAUCCCCGACUCCGACAACGUCAAGAAAAAAACCAAGACCAUCCGCAGCACCCUCAACCCCGUGUGGAACGAGACGCUCACCUUCGACCUGAAGGCUGAGGACAAGGACCGCCGGCUCUUGAUUGAGAUAUGGGACUGGGACCGCACCUCCCGCAACGACUUCAUGGGUUCCCUGUCCUUCGGGAUCUCCGAGCUGAUGAAGGCCCCAGCGGACGGCUGGUUCAAGCUCCUCACUCAGGAGGAAGGAGAGUUCUACAACGUGCCAGUUCCAGAGGAAGGGGCAGAGAUGGCUCAGCUGAAGACUCAGAUGAAGACGACAAGCGUGGCGCGACGCCCGCCGCCCCCGCCUGACAGAGAGGUGCCGCAUAACAUGGCAGCGGCUGACGUCAUCAGAGCUUCGGACUUCAACUUCAUUAUGGUGCUUGGAAAGGGGUCUUUCGGAAAAGUGAUGCUAGCCGAGCGGCGCGGCACCGACGAGCUCUACGCCAUCAAGAUCCUGAAGAAGGACAUCAUCAUCCAGGACGACGACGUGGAGUGCACCAUGGUGGAGAAGCGGGUGCUGGCGCUGAGCAACAAGCCGCCCUUCUUGGUGCAGCUGCACUCCUGCUUCCAGACCAUGGAUCGUCUGUACUUCGUGAUGGAGUACGUGAACGGCGGAGACCUGAUGUUCCAGAUCCAACAGUGCGGCAAGUUCAAGGAGCCUGUCGCUGUCUUCUACGCAGCGGAAAUCGCGAUCGGUCUAUUCUACCUGCACUCGCGCGGCAUCGUGUACCGAGACCUGAAGCUGGACAACGUGCUUCUAGACCAGGACGGACACAUCAAGAUCGCAGACUUCGGCAUGUGCAAGGAGAACAUCACGGGUGACAAAACCACCAAGACCUUCUGUGGAACCCCAGACUACAUCGCACCAGAGAUCAUCUUAUACCAGCCGUACGGGAAGUCUGUAGACUGGUGGGCGUACGGAGUCUUGCUGUAUGAAAUGUUGGUCGGUCAACCUCCUUUCGACGGAGAGGAUGAGGAGGAACUCUUUGCAGCGAUCACAGACAACAGUGUUUCCUACCCUAAGACUCUGAGCAAGGAGUCUAAGGAUGCUUGCAAGUCGUUCCUGAUGAAGAACCCUCAGAAGCGGCUGGGGUGCAGUGUGAAGGGAGAGGAGGAUGUCCGCACACAUCCUUUCUUCAGACGCAUUGACUGGGCCAGGAUUGAGGCCAGGGAUGUGCAGCCACCGUUCAAGCCUAAGAUUAAACAUCGCAAGGACGUGUCCAACUUCGACAAGCAGUUCACGACGGAGAAGACGGAGCUCACGCCCACGGACAAGCUGUUCAUGAUGAACCUCGACCAGACCGAGUUCAUGGGCUUCUCCUUCCUCAACCCCGAGUACGUGCAGCACGUCUGAAAGGCAAUACGAACACAUUCUUCUCAUCACUAGAAGUUGAAUUGGCAUUUGGAAUCACUUCUUCGAAAUUGGAAGCCACUGCAACGCAACAGUUCCAAAUAUCGGCUGUUGCGUUCAGUCUCGUCUGUCGUCUGUCUCUUUCUGCGCAACGAGCGAGUGGAAGUUGCGUCUCUGUCUCUCAUCUCUCGACUGUCAACUGUCAUGUUCUUGAAUUUUCUAAAUUAUAGUUUUUAUUCUGAGGAUUUUGGGGUUGCUACUGUUAAAUGUGGAAGAAGAGUAAGGCAAGUCCUCGGUGAAUGAUCAAAAUAUUUGCUCAUUACCUCUUUACCUAUACUUAUUAAGUUCUAUCUUAAUAUUGAUUCUUAUCCAUCCAAUACGACAUGGCUCGCGCUAAAUUUAUCAUACCUAUGCUUUUGUCACAUUUUAAAAACAUCUGUACCCACUUUUCAUUAAUUUUGCAAUAAUUUGUUUAAAUUGCAAUAAAUUUUGAGUAUCUCAACGAAUUUCCAAAAGCAAUACUUACAUAUUACACUAAUCGUUACUCUCACUAACAAAACAUAAGCUCUCUAAACAUAAAAUGUAUUUGUAAUUUUAUUUGUAAUACCUACUUAUAAUAAAGCGGGCAUCUGCGGAAUACAAAACAAGUUAUGUGUGUAGAAAUAUUAUAAAAUAAUUUAUUUUUAAGAAUCUUGAGGCAGUUUCUAUCUCUGGAUACUUAUAUCGUGAUCUUGGGGCCACAGAUAGUGUAUUUGAUGUGUGUACAUUAUCUUAGUCAGCUGUUUACUUCCUAGGUUUCACGUUUGUUACAUAUCAGUCUAUUGUAAAUAAUACGUAGUAUUCGUCGUGUCGUGUGGAUGGCACCGCUAGGUAUUUUGACGUUAUUACUUUGCAUAGUAUAAAUUAUUAAAAAAUUUUGAUCGCUGCUUAGAUAUUUAUGAUUUUACAGGCAGUGCUCGUAAAGCACGAUUCUAAAGAGCGAUUUACACUUCAUUAAGUACCUAGGUCUAGGUACAGUAGCCAGUUUAGUUGUUUGACAGUUGAGUGUCAUAAUCUAGUCCAUGGACUAACCAUACUGUCAAACACUUCGCUACUGUGCUUAUAAAUUGCUCUUAAUCCUUCAUUUGUGAAUGUGUAUAUUUUCGGAAAUCAAUCAAGUUAAUGAAUCUCGCCAUCGCAAUACCUCAAAUCAUUAUUUAUUGUUACCAAAAAUAAACAGUAUGCCUAUUGUUUAUGAUUCGGUUGUACCUAAUAUUAAGUUUUCAUAGGUCUAUGUUCCGUUGAUUAUUUUAGUCAUUUUUUUUUAUUAGAUUACUUAACAGAAAUAUGAAUGAAAUUUUUGUAAGUUUGUUUGUGAUAGUGAUGCGAUAUUGAAAAAUCAUCAUAGUAAUAGUAUGUCCUACCUACUGUAAGUAUCGAUUGUACUCAAGUCACUUGGAGUGAGUCAAGUAAUACUAACUGCGGUUAGGUUUUUUCGCAUGAAUUAAUUAAACUUGAAGACCACUACACCUAACCUGUGUCAAAUUCCCUGACUUAGGUACAUGUGCGUA